CUCACGAAGUAGUAGCAACAUAACCUCGUGCUUGAAAAAAAUACCCAGUCAAUUGAAGACUUAAAAAUAAUUACGGGAUAAACAAAUCAUCAUGACGUUAUUAAAGUCAUUUUCCUUCCUGAGGCACGCAUUAUUUACAAAACAUCAAAUAAAUUCAGUGCAAAUUGCACAUAGAUUUUUAUCAACAAUUGCUGAACCUGCGCAACAACCUCCCCGGUUGGAUAAAUUAUACAAAAAAAUAGAAAUUGAAGUACGAGGGAAUGAUCCUGCAGUUCUCACUAGUUAUGGAAUAUUUUCAACGGAGGCUGCUAAACAUUUGGGAAUAACUGUGGGCAGGAAUUCGGCACCGAAGAAACACCAGUUCGAACGCUGGACAGUUCUCAAAUCUGCUUUCGUUCACAAAAAACAUCGAGUUCAGUACGAAAUGAGGACUUAUUAUCGAUACCUAGACUUCUUCAGAUUAACUGAAUCCACUGCAGAUACAUUUCUCGAAUAUAUACAACGAAAUCUACCCGAGGGUGUUGCCAUGAAAGUGACGAAGGUGGAAAUCCAAAGGCUGCCAGAGGCGGUUAGCAAACCUAGUUAAUUUUACAACAACAAACAAAAAUAAUCAGAAAUAUGAUAAUUAAUAGAUAUUUUGUAAGAAUUAAAAGGAUAUUCUUCGCGAA